AUGUCAGACCCACAAAAUACAGCAGGAGACAAUCGCCGGUCGAUUGGAUCUCACGACAGUAGUGGCAACAUGCUCUCUAUGGUUGAAGCAGAACAGCACGAUGAUCCAGCAUCACCAGAGUUUUCACAUUAUGCCACGUCUCAGCUAAAUUCUACUCACGACCCAGCUAUCUCGCCGCUUACAGGUAACACAUUCAGAUCCACUGCAAAUCCGAGUAUAUUCCCAAGUGAUAAUGCUCUGCCACAUCUUCUACCGCCGUUUCCAGACGCGCUACCUCGGCCUCCCCCUCCAGGUCACCCAGGUUGGCUGUCAACAUUUGUGGCACCCAGAUCCGUACCGAGAUCCACGACAUCAUCACUGAUAACGAGCCGCCGGAUCUCUGAAAAUUUCAUACGAUACAUUCUGCUCGCUUCGGACCGCACAUUCGAAUCGCGGCGGUCAAACCUUUAUCCAGCCGAUCCUAUAGAACUACCACCGCUGUUUCGCUCUCGACCAUCACUAUCACUACCGCCAUCACCGCCUCUUCGUCCGCUAUCUCGACCAUCACUACCGCCACCACCGCCUCUUCGUCCGCUAUCUCGACCAACACAACCCAUUGAUGGCCGAAUCGGCGGAACGCCCUUUUUCUCAGCUUUUUUCUCAGCUCCUCUCAAUCGCCCCGACGGCCGCUCGCAUGGCCCACCAUCUCAUCUCCUUCCCAGGGAAGGAGAAGAAGAUGAAGCAGAAGGAGGGGCUGAAGUGCAAGUGCGACGACGUUUCCACGAGGAGGGCGCGAGCGUGAGGGGAAGGGUAAGGAGGAUACCGCCUCGACAGCUGGAACCUGGUCAUGAUUCUCAUUCGCGCCGUGAGAGGGAUGUCCCGGCGCGAGGGGCUGUUGUGAGGGGCAAUCAGGCGAGGUUUGGGCUCGCUGAUUUACGAGAUGAUGGGCAUGAGCAUGACGAACAUGAUGACGAGGAUGAGGAUGAUGUUCAAAAUGAUCAAGAUCAACAUCUGGAAUCUGGUCAUGGGAAUGUUGAUGAUGAUGCCAAUAAUGACGAGGAAGUCAACAGUAGUUCCGGACUGGGGAGUGAGGAAUACGAAAUUCACUAUCAACAUGGAUCUGAAGAUGAAUCUGAAAGUGAAUCUGAAAAUGACACCGACGACGACGAAUUUUUGUACGGUGAUGGUGGUAACAACGAUGACGACGACGAAAAUUCAAGAAUCCAUUUGUUUGAGGAAAUACCCCGGGUAAGGUUGAGUUUUGAGGGGACUUGGGAGGUUUUGGGGGGAUGGUGA